GGUUUUGGUUUUUAUCCUCAGGUGUGCAGCAGCGCUCGUCCACACGACGUAUUGGGGUUAGGGCUGCGGAACUUGAGAAACUUUCACUGCUUUUGUAUGAGUCAGAAACCCGAAAAGCCGACACUAUCAGGUCAGCGUAUCAAGACCAGGAAAAGAGAUGAAAAGGAGAAGUAUGACCCCUCAGGGUUCCGCGACGCCAUCUUGCAGGGUUUUGCAGAGGCUGGGUCUGACCUAGAUGCAGUGCACAAGUUCUUGGAUGCAGCCGGCUCCAAGUUGGACUAUCGCCGCUAUGGAGAGGUCAUCUUUGACAUUCUCCUGGCCGGCGGUAUCUUGGCACCCGGGGGUACCCUGAUCGUGGAUUUGGACACGGCCAAGCCAUCACAGACAGACACAUGUGUCUUUUCGGCACCCAACAACAUGGAGGUCCUUCGCAGCUACGCACAGCUGAUCACCAAGCUGAUACGGCGUUACAAGUACCUUGAGAAGACCCUGGAGGAGGAGUUUAAGAAGGUGUUGAUGUUCCUCAAAGGGUUCAGCGCCGAGAACCGGCAGAAGCUGGCACGAGUGCUUGCGGUGCUGAUAGCGGGGGGUCAGGUUUCUGCCUCAGUGCUGCAGAGCGCCCUGCAGGACCACCUGGUCAAGGACGGCCUGGCCCUGCAGUGCCUGCUGGAUGUGCUCCAGACUUGGCUGGAUGAGCGGGACCCGUCCACCCUGUGGGCUGUGCUGCGCAAGGCGGGAUUCGAUUCGCGCCUCAUGGAGUUCUUUCCUGUGAGCAAGAGGAGUCCGGAAAACUUCACAGCUACGUUCAAGGCACACGGCGUCUCUCAGCUGCUGGACUACCAGAAAGCACAGGAGGCAUCGAGUGUCAAGAAGGACCUCCAGCAGCAGGUGAGCAACAUGCUCAAGAACGAAGUGCCAGUCAAGGAGAUCAUCCAGAGCGUGAAGGAAUACAUGACUAAGUACUCACUGCCCGAGCACGAUGUGGCUGUACUGCUGUGGACGACCCAGAUGUCUGGCAUGGAUUGGAACAAGAAGGAAGAGCUAGUGGCGGACCAAGCAUUGAAGCAUCUGAAGCAGUACACUCCUCUGCUUGAGGCUUUCACAACCACUCCACGUGCAGAGGUAGCUCUGCUGGUCAAAGUCCAGGAGUUCUGCUACGACAACAUGAACUUCAUGAAGGUGUUCCAGAAGAUUGUUAUCCUCUUCUACAAGACAGAUGUGCUCAGCGAGGACUCUAUCCUCAAGUGGUAUAAGGGCGCCCACUCGCCUAAGGGCAAGAGCGUGUUCCUCGAUCAAAUGAAGCGCUUCGUCGAGUGGCUCCAGAAUGCCGAGGAAGAGUCUGAGGGGGAGGACUGAAAGGUGUACCCUGCAUGUGGCAAGCCCAGCGACGCUCCUUGCCCAACCCUGCCAAUAAAGCACCACUCAUACACCAAGGAGAAAAAAAGAAGCCUGGUGGAUGAUGGGUUCGGCAUGUCUGGGCUGCCACGGCCUCGUCAGAUGCACCUUUCUCUUCACCACCUCCACCGCCUAAGACUGUGACGACGAUCACCACCAAACCACAAUGCUGCCAGCGCUGCUGCCACCUCAUCUUGAAGACAAGUUGUUGGGAGAAGGCAAUGGAAAGAAGGCACUCUCGAGGGCAAAGAAAAGGAAAAAAGAAAAUGAUGCCACUGAAAGGAGCAGUUUGCCUCUCUCUCUCUUUCUCUGGCCACCAUGUAAUUGGAACUGAGCGAGUUUGUACCACAACUCAGAUUAUUUUUAUAAUGAGGCUGUUCUGUCACUCUCCCUCACAUGUCAAGUUCCAUAUCUCGCUCAUUCCUUGCUUUUUUUUUGUUUUCUCUCUCCAGAAACUUUUAUCCUCCUACUUCCUGUCAAUGUGCCUCAUUUUCGGCUUGGGCAAAGAGAGACUUGUGAUUCCGCAAAAGUACUGUUUAGUUUAUCGGCCUGUGGAUUGGUUGGGAAAGACGUAACAACUUUUGCUUCAUGUAUGUCUUCUGUUUCUGCUCUGUUCCUUCAUCUUUUAUAAGAUAAUUUCCUGUCCCUCCUGUAUUUUUUUUUUGUUUCUUGUGCAUGUCAAUUUUUUUUCCUAACAAGUGUUUCAAUAUGAAAUAAAUCUUGUUAACUUUUGA